UGCGUUAAGAUAAUAAUAAUAAUAUGUUCGAUCGCUUUUUUAUUUUCAUUAUCCGCGUUAACAUGCACUAGUAACAACGUAAAGAUCCAUCGUAGCGUAUCUUUUAAAUAAAUUAUCAUAAAUUAUCACAAAGGAUGUUAUUCUGUUGUUUGCUUUUCAGUAUGUUCAACCACGAUACUUCCGGUGUAGUAAAACUACAAUGAAUUUCUAAAUAAUAGUAAUGACGUUAAAAUAAUGGAUAAAACAAUUCGGUUUAUAAUAGAUAUUAACGUAUCCGCAUUACUUAUCUAAGAUGUUAUCGUUUUCAUUGAUGACACUAUAGCCUUGUAAGUUCAGUAUGAAUCAUGGUUGGCCUGCAUUUAUUUGGACAAUCUCCGAUACCUUGCAAUUCGUGAUAUGGGUCUUUAGCAAGAACAUAAGAAGUGGGCGAUUGUGAAUACCCACCAUGGGCAUGUUCUUAUAUGGUUUGUCAUGAGUCGUUUCUGUGACCAGAGUUUCGAGGUCGUCAUCAUUACGCAAUUCCCGAUCGCGUUUAACGAACAUCUCGUUGUUUGCUCCAUAAGUAUUGUAAUCUUAAGGAACGUUCUUUUCAAAGAAGAAUUAAGGAAGAAAGAAGCUUUUGACGAUAUGGGAGGAUUAACGCAAAGACCAUGGACUCCUACGAAAAGGAGAGGCCCCAUUGCUGCCGAGUACAGUAGUCCUGGACCGGCUUGUGUUACUUUACCACCACUUAUCGGAAAAACUGUACCGGAUUCUAAACGAGGAAGAGCACCAGCAUUUUCUUUUGGAAGCAGACAUAUGACUAGGAAUGAUAGCCCUGGUCCAGGACCUGGUCAAUACAAUGUAUCUGGUCUUAGUGCAAAAGGUAAAGAUGCCGCACCUGCAUCGUCAUUGCAUAGUCGUACAAAAUCUUCGAAAUUUGAAAUAACGCCAGCACCAGGUGAUUACAAUCCGGAAAAAGCUGAAAAAAUUAUUUUGGAUAAUUCUCCGAAAUAUUCAUUUGGAACAAAAACGCAAUCUCAAAAGAUCAGUUGUACACCUGCACCGAGUGAUUAUUGUACCGAAAACGUGAAUUUCGACAAAGCCCCAGAGUACAGUUUCGGCAUAAGACCUGCUCUGGAUAAACCGAGUGACGUUCCUGCUCCUGGUGCCUAUUGUCCCGAAAAAGUAAAAUUGAACAAUGCACCUCAAUAUAGUUUUGGAUUGAGGACUCCGCUCGAAAAAUUGAAUGAUACACCAGCUCCAGGAACAUAUAGUCCAGAAAAAGUAAACUUAUCUAAAAGUCCUCGAUACAGUUUAACUGGAAAGGGCCAUGAAGAAAAACCGGUCGAUACUCCAGCACCUGAUACUUAUCGCCCUGAAAAUGUUAAGCUGGAUUUUGCUCCACAAUUUAGUUUCGGUAUUAGAAGGCCGUUAGAUAAAAUUAGUGAUACACCAGCACCAGGCACGUACAGUCCAGAAAAAUUUAAUUUGGAAAAAGGUCCUCAAUAUAGUCUCACUGGUAAAGGUCUUAGUGAAAAACUUAAUGAUAUUCCUGCACCAGGUACAUACUGUCCUGAAAAAUUUAAAUUAGAUCAUGCUCCUCAGUUUAGUUUCGGAAUACGAACAUCUCUAGAUAAAAUUAGUGAUACACCAGCACCUGGCACUUAUAGUCCUGAAAAGAUAAACUUGGAUAAAGGACCACAAUAUAGUUUGACUGGUAAAGGUCCUGCUGAAAAAAUUGAUGAUUCUCCAGCUCCCGGCACUUAUUCCCCAGAAAAAGUGAAUUUAGACAAAGCACCACAAUAUAGUUUUGGUCUAAGAACUUCGCUAGAAAAACCGAAUAGCACACCUGCUCCUGGAACUUACGCUCCUGAGAAAUUCAACUUGAACAAAGGUCCUGAGUACAGUAUAAGCGGGAAAGGCCUAUCUGAAAAACCAAAUGAUGUUCCUGCACCAGGAGCAUACAGUCCUGAGAAAGUAAAUUUAAACAAAGGACCACAAUUCACUAUCUCUAGUAAAGGAAUGCCUCAAAAAUUAAAUGAUAAUCCAGGCCCUGCCGAUUACCAUCCAGAGAAAGUAAAUCUUCAACAUAAACCUUAUUUCUGUUUUGGUAGUAGAACACCUUUGGAUAAACCUAAAGAUACACCAGCACCUGGAACCUAUUGCCCAGAAAAAGUUCAAUUAGAUAAAGCUCCUCAAUUUAGUUUUGGUGUAAGACCACCUCUUGAAAAGCUCGAUGAUAUACCAGCACCUGGCACAUAUAAUCCUGAAAAGGUAAAUUUAAAUAAAUCUCCACAAUAUAGUUUUGGAUUAAGAACUGAAAUACAUCAAACAGAUACUAUCCCAGGACCUGGUGAAUACAGUCCAGAAAAAGCCAUGUUUUUGCUGGAAAAAGCUCUACAAUUCACUUUUGGUCUUAGACCUCCAAUGAGCAGAUUAAACGAUACUCCAGCACCUAAUGUAUAUAACAUACCUUCUGUCCUUGGUUCAACAAAAGAAGGAAAUAAAAAGACAGCACCUGCAUAUUCGAUUUCUGGUAGACAAAAGACUUUCGCAGAUGAAAGAAUUUUAGUCCCUGGUCCUGGUGCAUAUGAAACUAUAAAACCAGAUGCAGUUAGAGUCAAAAGUCCAGCUUACAGCAUAAGUGCACGAUUUGAGUUACCAAGUGAUCAUUCCAAAAUUCCUGGUCCUGGUGCUCAUUGUCCAGAAAAGGUUCUUCUAGAUGUUCCUCCAGCUCAUACUUUUGGUAUUAGGCAUUCACCAUAUAUUUGCAACUUAAAAGACGUUGUUUACUAACUAUAAUUCAAACGAUGCACAUAUUAUCUCAUUUUUAAACUAUAAAAAUAGUUUUAUUACACACACAUAUAUAUAUUAUAUUAUCUACGUGUUUCAUCAA